UUUUCUGUAUAAAGAUUGUUUGUGUUUCCAUAUCUCGUUUUGUUGUAAAUUGUGUAAAAAUAUUAAGAAAUGUAUCGAAUUAAGUUGAAAAUGUGAAGGCCAAUUCGUACAAACUGUCAAUAUUAAAGUCAUAUGUGGACUGAAGGAUUCAGUCGAACAAAUGUUUCGCGGAGGUUUCAUUAUCAAAAACGAACCGAUCAACGAGGACAAUAGUGACUUUCUGCAAAACGUCGUUGUCAAAUGCGAGAAGAACUAUGUUCCACAUCCGACUGACCACAGAAGCGUGAAAACAACGAUUUGCUCUGAAAGCGAGUAUGUGGUAGAUGGCAAUGUACCGUUCGAAUCAAUAAUUGUUAAGGAAGAACCGAGGCUUAAUGAUUGCCUACACUUGCGAUCACUUGCCGCGUCGACUGUCGGUGAAUCGAGUUGGGAAUGCUAUUUAUGCAGACAUGUGUCGAUCGACAUGGUUUAUCUCCAUAGGCACCUCAAGGCACAUAGCAAACCUACUGUACAAACUUUCGAACCCAAACUUUCGACGAAGCGAAAUUUGGAUAGCCUUAAAGUAACACAACUCGGGCGACGUUUCGCAUGUAAAAAAUGCGACAAGACGUUCAUUAGUAGCUCAACACUUUACCAUCAGAAAUUGGCCCACAUAGAAAAUAAUAUCACAGAGAAAUUGUUCGUCUGCGAUUAUUGUCAUCGAAAAUAUUCACGUAAAUCUACUCUUAAGCAACAUUUGCUCAUUCACAGCGGGGUUAGAAAAUUUGAGUGUAAUGAAUGCGGUCGAAAGUUUACUGAUUCAUCAACGUUAUAUAAGCACAAACAGACCCACUCCAACGAUCGACCUUUUGCUUGUCAUUUAUGCCAUCAACGAUGUUCCCGUAAAUCAACAUUAGAGCGUCAUUUAAAGACUCAUAGUUCCGAGAAAAGUUUUACUUGCAACAUCUGUGACAAGAAAUUUUCCCGCAAUUCAACAUUAAACCAUCACAAAUUAAUUCAUAACGGUGUGAACCCAUUUCCGUGUAAUCAAUGCGACAGAAAAUUUAAAAUCAAAUCAACACUAGAUUAUCAUAUAAAAACACAUAGUGGUCUACUGCCAUUCAGAUGUGACGAAUGUGAUCGUAAUUUUAUGACGAAAACCAAUUUAAAUCAACAUAAGAAAAAUAACAAACGCCAUCGAGCUGUUCAUCAUGAAUUGUCUACGAACGGUAUUAAGAGCGUCGCAAAUAAGAAUAAAGCAAAUUCAAUAAUCUCCGUCCCGUAGCCAAUCAGAAAAUAAGGAUGAUAUUGAUUGGCAGCGGCGAUGGUAUGGACACGCACGGAAAUUGUGAGAAUUUAGCAUAUGUACUUAUCGACUGUAGGUUGAAAAUAUACAUAAUAUACAGUAGAUAAAAUCUUGUUGCUAACACGCUGGUAAAUGGGGGUUUUGGGCACACGAUGUGUUGCUGAACUCACAUCUUGUGCGCAAAACAACCCUAUUUAGUAACUUGUUAGAAAAAUAGCUGUUUUAUAUGGAAAAUUUAAAAAAUAGUUGAACGGUUCAAUUUUCUAGCAAUAUUUUUGAUUUGGUCAGCUCUGUAAAACAACUUUAUUAAAUAAA